AUGGAGGCAACAUCGACCCGGUCUCCCCAUGACCCCGUCAGACAGCAAUUCUUGCGCCACCUCCAUUGGUAUCUUGGUCAAAUCACCAAUGAAAUGAUCCAAGAGGCAGGUGAAAACUAUGACAGGAAAAAGAGAAACGACAAGUUUUUUAACAGCCUCAAGUUUUUGGCUGAUUAUGUCGUCAAGUUCAACGACGGCCAAGAGAAGGGCAGAGAAACACCUGCGGCCGUUCCUCGACCAUCUGCAACAGGUAUUCAUACAGGUCUACGGACCUUCAUCCCAAACUCUUCACUGCAUACACAGCAGCAGCAGCAGCAGCAGUCAAUCGCUGCGGAAGGAAGACCACAGAUUAGUGUACCACCACAGCAAUCUGAAUUGGCGGGUCUAUCACAUGCUUCGCUACCUCGAGACCGAAGCUUUUCUGAGGCCCAGGUUUUGCCUGCCGUGCACAAUUCUUUAGUUGGGAAUACCAACAGAUCAUCUGUGUCACCAACCUCGGCUUUUGAAGCGGCCUUCUCUUCCAUGCACUCCCUUCAAGGCAGUCGGGUACAAUCAUCUGAGUCUGUGCCCACAGUCGGAAGCAUUAGCCCCUCUCAACCACCUUCAAAUGCAAAUACCAUCCGAAACAACAUGAACACUUCUAUCAACCAAAAAAAUGUACCCUCUGCCCAGCAGAGUAAGCCUACAACCAACUUUGGAUUUGUAGCACCCCCAAGGAUGACACCCGCAAGUGUGACUCCUUUACAAAAGGCUGCUAUUUCUACCACAGCCGAAAUCGAGGCGUCUUUAGCCGUCGUUAAUGACUUCCUCGUCCCUCCGAGGGACACAACAGCGUCGCAGCAUACAGCAGCAAUGGCCAUUAGGCCACCUUCAUCUCGUCCUACCUCUAUCACAGGUCUUAACGCCACAGACGCCUCGGACAACAAUGCUUCUCAAGGUAGAAAGCGAAAGCGCCAGAAGAAGCAGUGGUGCACGAUCUGUAACGACCACAAAGAAGGUUUCAGAGGUCCUCAUGAGCUUGCACGACAUAUUAAUAUUCAACAUCAAACCAAAAAGACUGUCUUCAUUGUAUAUGAUGACUCACCUGGCGGCGACAUGUUCAAGAACUGCAAGCAUUGCUCAAGGCGGAAGAUUUAUGGUCAGGAUUACAAUGCCGCUUGCCAUCUUCGACGAGCUCAUUUCAAUAAGCGGUUGAAGACGGACACCCCUGAGGAGAGGGAGUUCAAGCAAUUACAUCCAGACUUCCCGCCCAUGGAGGAGCUUCGUCCCUGGCUUAGGAAAUGCCUUGUUGAUGUCUCAAAGCUAAAGGAUGGAAAGUAUAUCGACAAUCAAGACGAAGCUAUUCUCAAAGUUGAACCCGCCGUCAAGGCCGAAGAUUUAACGUCUUCUGACCAAGAUAAAGACCAAGAAAUGACAGACGAUGAGCCAUUGCAACCAGUUGGCCCAGCUACCCCGCCACCUGAUUCAGAGGUUGAAUCUGAAGCCAUCAGACCCUCUAUGAACGACCCAAUGACUCACGAUAACUUCUUCGACUUCGACUUCUCAGAGUUCAGAUUCCAACAACCUGACUUUAUCUUCAACAGCCCGCCACUCGCUCAACCAUCCGCCGUCCCACGUACUAAUAACCUUAACACUAUCUUUGCGCGCCAGAUGCAGUCAAUGGGCAUCUCACCUGACCAGAUCCUUUCUGAGAAGGUGCCAGACUUCAUGGGGAUAGAAAGCAAUAUGUUCGCUCCUUUCGGCUUACCAGAGUUCCCGAAUAACAAUGUCGAAGCUCUAGGUAUUGAAGGGUCAUUUGAGGACUUUGAUAUCGAUCAGUUCCUUCAAGGUCCUUAA